AUGGACGCUCAAUACCAGAACCUGAUCAAGUGGAUCAUCGUCCUCUCUUUCUUCAACAUGAAUUUCUCCGCCCAAGCAGAUGGUGGGAAUCUCCUUCCAGGACAAACGAAUGCUCCGGGACUUGUCGAUCCUGUCACAAUGCCAUCGUGCUAUUACAACACCUGCUGGCAGUACAAUGGACCUCCUCCACGAAUUUGCCCUCUGAUAGACGGGCCUUGUGCCAAUAAUUCAGAAGCGUCUGAUAACGGGGGCGACCAGUGUGGGAUGAAGCAAUACACUCGAGAAUGCUACUGCAACCUCCAGACCGGACUUAGCUGUGCCUGGUCUUGCAACUGGGAGUCCUGGUGGGAUACAGAAGACUGGUUUGCGAAACUUUGCCCAGACUCACCGGCAUUGAAGCUUGAUUUCUCAAGCCUACCAAAUUGUGCUCGUAGAUGCCUCGACGAUGCCAUCUUCGAAUAUGGUUGCCUGACACAAUCCAGCAACUGCUUCUGUACGCACGGUACUUUGUUUGGGUGUCAUGACAAGUGUACUAGUGAUGAGGAAUGGGAACGGAUCGCGGAGUGGCUGCAAGACGCUUGCAGUCUUGAUGCCGACCAAGCAAGGCUGGCACUGGAGGAAGGGGCUUUCACUCUUACUGUUGAACCCGGUGCGAUUGAGGCAACAGGAUCACAGACGAGGGACUUUGGUCCGCCGCCACCCGUGCCCGCGAAGCCGCUAUCAUGGGACGAAUAUUUCAUCAUUGUGAUUCUUGCUUUAACGGGAACGGGAAUAAUUGGAAUGCUGACAUUUAGAUUCAUCGCGAGCCCACAGCGCAUUCGACUCGCCUCUACGUCUCAAUAG